CAUUGGAAGCAGGCCCUGGGCAGCCUCCCAAGGAGAACGCUGGAAAGGUCGGCCAAGCAGGGCAGAAAACAAGCAGUGGUGGAGUCGGCAGUGGGGCAGAGGAGGGGGAACUGGAAGAGAAGAACUGCAAAGGAGAAGCCCGCACAGUGGGCACAGCGCACCCAAGAGGGGCCCAAGAGUCUGCAGAAACAGAAAGGUUCCCGGCCUCAGACCCCUAGUCCCUGCCUGCCUCCUGCCUGAGCUUCUGGGAGACUGAAGACACCGCUUGCAGCUUAAGGAUGUGGGCUCCGGGUGCAGGCACGGCCUCGGUGGUCUCGCUGGCCCUGUUGUGGCUGCUGGGGUUGCCGUGGACCUGGAGCGCGGCAGCGGCUCUCGGCGUGUACGUCGGCAGCGGCGGCUGGCGCUUCCUGCGCAUCGUCUGCAAGACGGCUAGGCGAGACCUCUUCGGUCUCUCUGUGCUGAUCCGCGUGCGCCUGGAGCUGCGGCGGCACCAGCGCGCCGGCCACACCAUCCCGCGCAUCUUUCAGGCGGUGGUGAAGCGGCAGCCCGAGCGCCUGGCGCUGGUGGACGCUGGGACCGGCGAGUGCUGGACCUUUGCGCAGCUGGAUGCCUACUCCAAUGCGGUGGCCAACCUCUUCCUCCAGCUGGGCUUCGUGCCGGGUGACGUGGUGGCCAUCUUCCUGGAGGGCCGGCCCGAGUUCGUGGGGCUGUGGCUGGGCCUCGCCAAGGCGGGCGUGGAGGCCGCACUGCUCAACGUGAACCUGCGGCGCGAACCCCUGGCCUUCUGUCUGGGCACCUCGGGCGCCAAGGCCCUCAUCUUUGGCAUUGAAAUGGCAGUGGCGGUGGCCGAAGUGAACAGGUAUCUGGGGAAAAGUUUGAUCAAGUUCUGCACCGGAGCCUUGGCGCCCAAGGGCGUCAUGCCAGACACCCACCUCCUGGACCUGCUGCUGAAGGAGGCCUCCACUGCCCCUUUGGCACAGAUCCCCAGCAAGGGCAUGGACGAUCGUCUUUUCUACAUCUACACGUCGGGGACCACGGGGCUGCCCAAGGCUGCCAUCGUCGUGCACAGCAGGUACUACCGCAUCGCAGCCUUCGGCCACCACGCCUACUGCAUGCAGGCGGCUGACGUGCUGUAUGACUGCCUGCCCCUGUACCACUCAGCAGGAAACAUCAUAGGUGUGGGACAGUGUCUCAUCUAUGGGCUGACAGUCGUCCUCCGCAAGAAAUUCUCGGCCAGCAGCUUCUGGGACGACUGCGUCAAGUACAACUGCACGGUGGUUCAGUACAUUGGGGAGAUCUGCCGCUACCUGUUGAAGCAGCCGGUGCGCGAGGCGGAGAGGCGACACCGCGUGCGCCUGGCUGUGGGGAACGGGCUGCGUCCCGCCAUCUGGGAGGAGUUCACGCAGCGCUUCGGCGUGCGCCAGAUCGGGGAGUUCUAUGGCGCCACGGAGUGCAACUGCAGCAUUGCCAACAUGGAUGGCAAGGUUGGCUCCUGUGGUUUCAACAGCCGCAUCCUGCCCCACGUGUACCCCAUCCAGUUGGUGAAGGUCAAUGAGGACACGAUGGAGCUGCUGCGGGAUGCUCAGGGCCUCUGCAUCCCCUGCCAGGCCGGGGAGCCUGGCCUCCUUGUGGGUCAGAUCAACCAGCAGGACCCGCUGCGCCGCUUCGACGGCUAUGUCAGCAAGAGCGCGACCAGCAAGAAGAUCGCCCACAGCGUCUUCAGCAAGGGCGACAGCGUCUAUCUCUCAGGUGACGUGCUGGUGAUGGACGAGCUGGGCUACAUGUACUUCCGGGACCGUAGCGGGGAUACCUUCCGCUGGCGAGGGGAGAACGUCUCCACCACCGAGGUGGAGGGUGUCCUGAGCCGCUUGCUGGGCCAGACAGACGUGGCCGUCUAUGGGGUGGCUGUUCCAGGAGUGGAGGGUAAGGCAGGGAUGGCAGCCAUCGCGGAUCCCCAGAGCCUGCUGGACCCCAAUGCGAUGUACCAGGAGCUGCAGAAGGUGCUGGCGCCCUAUGCCCGGCCCAUGUUCCUGCGCCUCCUGCCCCAGGUGGACACCACAGGCACCUUCAAGAUCCAGAAGACGAGGCUGCAGCAAGAGGGCUUUGACCCGCGCCAGACCUCGGACCGGCUCUUCUUCCUGGACCUGAAGCAGGGCCACUACCUGCCCUUGAAUGAGGCGGUCUACACUCGCAUCUGCUCGGGCACCUUCUCCCUCUGAAGUUCCUCCCCUGCUGGCCAGAAACUCCAGGCCUGGUGGGAGAGGCCAGCUUGAGCCAGACAGCCCUGCACAGGGGUGGCGGCCUCCUGCGCAGCCACCUGGCCGAGCUGUACCUGGUGGGGCCCGUCCUGGACUGAAACUGGAACCUCGGAUGAAGCCGUGCCUCUCUGCUGCAUUGGCACUCCUGCGUCUGUCCCCUCUUCCUGCCUUUCCGCCUCUGGCUCCUUCCAUCCCUGUCCCUGUCUGGCCUUAACUCUUCCCUCUUUUUCUUUUUUUUGAGACAGUCUC